AUGACACUUGCUGAGAUUUCAGAGCGCUGCCACAAUAUCACCUCUAGCUAUCUUGCUAAUUCAAAUGGUUCCGCGAUAGUGGAAGCUACUAAAGAGGCAAUUCAAAUAACCCGGCAACAAUUCUUGCAAGAGGUCUUCACUCGUUGGGAUCCUUUCGGAGAUCGGCUUUCCUUCUCGUACAAUGGCGGCAAAGACUGCCAGGUGCUUUUGAUCUUGUAUUUGUCGUGCAUGUGGGAGUACUUUGUGACCAACAUUAGAUCAUCCCAGUACUCUUCCCAGUACCAUCAGUUUCCCCUACAGUUUUUACCCACAGUUUACAUUAACCAAGCAGAGACCUUUGGCACACUCGAGAAUUCCAUUGAGUCUACCAGAAUACGGUAUUUUCUUUCAGUUUACGAAUCGCCGCGAAAUCAAACGAGCAUGCCUGAAGCGUUUAGAAACUAUUUGGAUGUAAACUCCAACACAGAGGCGAUAAUAAUAGGAAUUCGUCACACGGAUCCUUUCGGGGCAGAUCUUACGUGCAUUCAAGAAACAGAUAGCGGCUGGCCCCGUUUUAUGCGGGUACAACCUCUACUGCAUUGGAAGCUUGCGAAUGUAUGGAGUUUGCUGUUAUAUUCUAACGAAGAAAUUUGCGGGCUCUAUGAAAAAGGCUUUACAUCCAUAGGCGGUAUAAACUCUACGGUUCCGAAUCCUUCCUUAAGUAUGAAACUGGAACUAGGACAUUCGACAUUAAAAAAUGAGUUCGAGUGGGAAAUCAUGCAUGCAUAUGGCAAGAAGGAAGCUUCUGAUGAAGUUUGCGUAUCUAAACUAUCUGCCUCCGACGAACGGCUAUUGCAAAACAAAGGACAUUUGGAUUAUUACCCAGGUUGGUAUAUGAUUGACGAUUCUUUAGAGAGAGCAGGACGAAGCCGAAGCUAA